AUGAAGUUAGGACAGAAAAUAUAAUCUAAACCAGUCUCUGAAAUGAAACCAGCCCUCUGAUACUACAGUAAGCUUUGCCAAGCUGAUAAGCUCUUUUGUCAUGACCAGUCAUCUCCCUGAACUGCUUUCUCAAGAGUGAACUUUAACCAUUCACUGUCAACUAACUCAACUGAACUUUGACUCUCUGAGUUUACUGUAUUACACUGAAGAGUUUGAGUAGCAGUGAGGAAAAACUGUCUGUUUAAAUCUGUUUAAAUGUUUCUUAUUUUAGUUAGAUGACAUUUCCAGCUCGUAUGAGGCCGUGUGGAUAAAUGAGUAAAAAGCCUUACAACAUUUGGGGAAGAUGACACAGAACAUGUUUCAGGAGGGGCUGUACCAUGUGUUUUUUAAGGAGACACCUUCAACCCGCCCACAGAACCAGGUUACCAAUCAUGAGGAGCUGGACAAUGUCAGGAUUCAUCGUUGGUUUGGGACUGUGGUUAACAUCAGACUUUUAGUUGCUGGGGUGGUUCAAGUCAUCAGUGCUUUAGCUUGUAUACUAAGCACAGUCACCCAUGCAUGUGUGAGCUACAACUGCUCCAUCUCCAUGACAACACCAGUAUGGUCAAGCCUAUUUUAUGUUGCUGCUGGGUGUCUGGCAAUAGAGGUUCAGAGGAAAGCUAAUAAAUUAAAGAUCAUCAUCCUGAUGGGCCUGAACCUCUUUAGUCUACUGUUUGGAUUCUCUGCUCUCCUGGCCAACAGUCUCAAAGCUGCAGAACCUGCUGCACUCAGCACAAAGCAACAGCGUGCUGGCUCAUAUGUUGCGAGGGGAAGCUCCAUAGCAUUCUCUGUACAGUGUUUUCUGGCAUCAAUCUACAUACUUUUCCUGUCCUGGAGAGGCCUGCGUCGCUACAGUCCUCCCCAUACUCAGACCUACAGCCGCCUCUCACAGGAUCCAGAUGAAACCAACGGACCUCUACUGGAACAAGUGGAGUAUAAUCUGUGAAACUCAAACAUCUAAAAUAUCUUCUUUUCUUUUAGAUUUACUGUACAUGUGUAAGUUUUUCUGAAAAAUCCACUUGCUCACUGGGACAGGGAUAUUCACACUGCUGUAGACACACUCCUGCUUGCACAGCUUUUGUAAAAGUAGUUACUGUUGUUGACCGGGGACUGUAUGAAUUUUUUGUGCACUUUUGAGUUAAUAAUGUUUAAAAUGUGAUGAAAUUGUAGUAUGCUGCCUGACUGAUUACUGGGAUUCUCAAUAAGUUGAAAUUUACUUACCAAAACGAUGAAGAAUUGCAUCAACAAAUUCAAAAGCUAAAGAAAUAAACUGCGUGUUAAACAGCCAACGGUGUACAUCAAGAACCACAAUGACUUAUUAAACUGCAAUUUGCUAAUAAAGUUUACAUGCUUAACA